AGUGGAUACCGCAGCUCACAGCAUCCUAUAAGUUGGUUCAAGCGACAUCUUCACUCAGAUCCAUCAUCUAUUGAAACACGGAAACGAUGCCAUCCAGCAUUUCUCCAACGCUUCCUCUUCUGCUGUUCUUUAUCUUUGCAUUCUGUUUGUCAAAUAAUGGCGUGCAUGCAUUCGGAGCGGGCAACAUUCCUUCAUUUGCAUUUGUGGAAGGCAAGGCAUUUAGGCACGGAGAUAUUGAAGAUGCGCUCGCAGACCUCGUGAAGAAGGGGGUCGGCGGAUUCGCGCUCUCGAGUCUCAUCGGAAAGGGUCCAAAGUUUGGCGGGCUCGACAUCAAGCGCGUAUACUUUGGCAAUUGGUUGAGAGAUUACAGCCAGGCUGUUGACAUCGGUACACUGAAGAAGAUUAACUUGCAAACCAUCAUCAAUUUAGUUAUGGUGCUCGGGUUCAUGGCCAACGGAUAUGCUACUGGCGAAUUUGAAGUCACGCCAGAGAGACUCGGUGCCUAUUUGCCAACAGAACAUAUCGAUAAUCCAAAAGGUUAUGGAGAGGGAGAAGACGCACGGCAGUACGACCCCAGACUGCGCGGUCCUGUUCAUCCAGAUGAACUUGCCAUCGAUCCACAGACGGGGAUGAAGAACUACAUCGCGAAUGAAAACGGUCAUUGGGAUACAUCCAAGGCGCUCGUGCGUAGAACACUUCAACAGUGCAUUUUCCUCGGCAGGAAAUACAAGAGUUCUGGUAAUAACGCGGAUCAAUACGAGGCGUUUAGACUCCUUGGACAGGCUCUCCACACCCUCGAAGAUUUCUCUGCACACUCUAACUUCUGCGAGCUUGCUCUUGUUUCCAUGGGGCAUACCGAUGUAUUCGUGCAUAUUGGUGAUGCUGUACGAGUGCGUGCGCGCAAUGGAAAGAUGGUCGCGCCAAUCGUUACUGGGACCUUCGGAUCGAGUGAUUUUAUAUACAGCUUGCUUGGAGAGGCUACCGAUCACAUCAGCGAAGCUUCCGUCACGGACCUCAACAAAGAAUUUGAAAGUGCGCGCUCCAAGUCCAAUUCGUCGAGCGACAUGCUCCGCGACGCUUUUCUUAAACUUCCUGGCGGAAGCGGCGAUAAGAUGGGCCGCGACAUGGAAGGCAUCGAGAACAUCCGCGCCGGGGUAGAACGUGGUGAGAGGCGGCCCGAGGACAUGAGCCCACAAGAAUUGCAUAGCGUAUUGUGGCAGGUCUUGAGCUUUAGAGAUUCUGUUAUGAAGAGUAUAUCUGGGACAAUAGAGAAGAUCCCUGGGCUCAACUCAGUUGUCGAGAAAAUUCAGGAUUCGAUUUCAGCGUUCGUUUUCACUACAUUGGAGCCUUUUUUGAAACCAAUCCUCGAGACCGCGACAUCCGGGCUGCAAACGGCCUCGUCAGAGGUAAUCAAUAAGCAUGAUCAAUAUGAGGUGUUCAAUGACCCACACGCUAGCGACCCCACGCAUUCUUUCCUUAGCAAAGAUCACUUCAAUUUGAUCCUCAAUGAACCUGCCGGCAACAUCGCAAAAAUUAUUUUGAAACAUACUGUCAACUUGGUAACGGGGGCCUGGGAUGACAGCUCACUCAACGUGAACCAGGUCACCGAGGAGGUCUUGCAGUGCCUCUUCCAUCCCGAUUUCCACCAGUCUUCUUCCGCAAUCCAGCGUGAUAUGUUGGAAUACAUGAGAUCGUGGGUGCAGAGUCUCGGGCGUAAUCAGCGCGCCACACUCGCACGCCUUACGAAGGAAUCGGUGCGAGCGCAGGACAAUACUCGGUUGUCCGCCGAUGGGAGUGCUCCCGCUCCUCAUCAGGGUCAGAAUGCGCAGAUACAGCAGGGCAUUCAAGGCCUCGUGCAAGGAAUUCCCGGUGUCCCGCAGAUACAAGGCUUGUUGAACAUGGCGGGUGGGUCUGCGGGUAUGGGACGAGAGCAAUUCAGUGGGCAGCCUGGUUCCUAUUACUCGAGGCCAGAUGUGUCCACCAGCUCGGGCUAUGCGCCUCCAUCUGGCCCGCUGCCACCGUCAGCGGCGUAUUCCCCUAGUUCGUAUGCGCAGCAUUCGCAGAGCGGGUCAUCGUUCCAGUCGCCUUCUGCCCAGAGCCAGUACACUCCGUCCUACGUGCAGCCGACUCCUCCCGCAUCGACAUUCGUCAGCACGAGCAACACAUACGUACAAAGCACACAGAGUGCGCCUGGCGGGUACCCAACUGCUAGACCUUCCGGCGGUUAUACACCGUCACCAAACAUUCCACCUGCAGGUGGGUACUCGACCUCUAGACCUUCCGGUGGUUAUGCACCUCCGUCGCCAAACGUUCCACCUGCAGGUGGGUACCCGACUGCUAGACCUUCCAGCGGUUAUGCACCUCCGUCACCAAACUUUCCACCUGCAGGUGGAUACCCGAGCGGAAGACCUACAGGCGGCUAUCCGCCGCCAAGCGUUCCAUCACCAAGUAUUCCACCUGGGGGCGGUUACGCUUCAUCACACCGUCCGCAUGCAGGCGGUUACUCACCAAGCGGCCCACCUCCAGGUGGCUUUGGUGGGUUCCCUGAUGAACAUCGUGUGCCUGGUCAUGGCCACGUGCACGGUCAUGAAUUCCCUGACGCGCCGGAAGCUUAUGGUGGCCGUUAUGGGCAACAUGCGUUCGAUGAUGAUGAUCGUCGCGGGACUGGUGACCAACAGCAGUCUUCCUUCCCGUCACCAGGAGGCUACCCCCCGCGAAAUGAUCCGUAUGAGAGGAGGUGGUGAAGUACUCAAAGGGGCGAGUAAAUGAAUGCAUGUUUUUAGUGUAUGUUUCUAGUGUCUUGUAGCACAUGGGUUUUGCACAAUUGUGCCGUGUAUGGAGUGGCAAACAUGCCAAUUGUAUCACUGCCGUGGAUUUGAAUAAAUUGAAUAAGUUAACUAGAUAUAAAAGUCGUGGUGUCU